AUGAAAGGAGAAAAUGCACCGGACGAAUCUAUUAAUUUGAAGUUUUGUUAUGGAAUAAAUAAAUCAUUUAGUAGUGUACAUGUAAUAAAAAAAAUAAAAGAGUCCAAACAAAAUGAUGUGCUCAUUAUAUACAGCUCAGAUAACAAUAUUGUUAUGCUUGUUGAAAAAAGGCAAAUAAUAUUUAGAGGACAUUUUAACGAAAUUACAAAUUUAGUUAAAAGUUAUAAUAAUGAAUAUAUCGUUUCUUGUGAUAAAGGUUUUAAUUCAUCAAUUAUUUUAUGGAAAUUAUCUAAUGAUACAUUAGUUCCCAUAAAAAAAUUCGAAAUCACUAAUUUCCAAAAUGAUCAAGUAGACAAAAAUAAAUUACAAAUAAAUUCUGAACAAAAUUCAUCACCUUAUCCUAAUAAAACCCAAAUUGAAAAUAAUCAAGUUAAGGAAAAUCAAAAUCAUGGUAUAGGAUAUGAAUGUAUUGAUAUAAGUUUUGAUAACUCAUAUAUAUGUGCAUUAACAGAGAGAAAAAUAUAUAAUAAAAAAAAUAUUGAAAAUGGUCAGGCAAAAAUAGGUCAUUUAAAUAAUAAUUAUGAACAUGCAAUACAAAAUGAUGAAAAUAAAAAAUGUGUGUAUUUUCAAGAGGUAAUAAUUUUUGACAUUAAUGGAGGAGAAAAAAAUAAAAUAGUUUGUAGAGAUAAAAUUUUUGGAAAAGAUAAACAAAAUAAAAUACGAUUUAAUAAUAAAUAUGAAAUUGUUACAAAUAGUUGUUCAAAAUUAUAUAUUUAUAAAUUUGAUAUAAAAAAAAAAAAAAUUAAUCAUUAUAGCCCGUCUUUAUAUAAAAGUAAUAAAAUACAUGAACAGUUAAUAUUUACUGAAACAUCUUUUGUCCAAGAUUCUUCUACAUUAUUAACAGGCACAACUAAUGGAUAUUUAAUUAUAUGGGAUUAUAGUACUAUAUUUAUUAAUAAAACAAAAAAUACAAUUAAACAAAGAGAAUAUCAAAAAUCUUUAGAAAUAAAAAAAAAUGUUUCUAUAAAUAACAUAAUAAGCUAUGGAAAUUUUAUUAUACUGGGGUUAGAUGAUGGUACAGUACAAAUUUUUGAUAAACAAUUAAAAUGUUAUGCAUGGUUUAAAAAUCAAGAUAUAGGUGCAAUCAAAUCUAUAUCAUUUGAAUCUUCAAAUUUCCAAGAAGAUUUUUUUUCAUGGAACUCUUUUAUUUUAUUUACUGAUAAAAAUAUUAUUAAACAAAUAUAUCCAAAUAAUUUUAAUACUUGGGAUAAUUUUUAUACAUCUUCAAAUGCAAUUCAAAAUAAUGUCGAAAAUACAAAAUCACAUCAACCAUCGAUUACUAAAGAUUCUACUUCUAAUAUUGAAGAAAAUGAUUUAAAACAUACCAAAAUAAAUCCAAAAAACAUAAAAAAUGAUACUUCAAAAAUAACAAAAAAAAAUAAUGAAGAUAAAAUAUUGCUUCAAUUUAAUAGUACCUAUAUUAAUUGUAUAUGCAUAAACCCUUUGUCUAAUGAAAAUAUAAUAUAUAUUGGUAACACAAAUGGGCUAAUUGAAAUAUUUGACUUUGAUAAAAAUGUAACUAUUGAUUCAAUUUUUUUAAAAGACAAAGAAAUUACAUCUAUGGUUUUUAGUAAUAAUGGUGAAAUUCUUUCUGUAGGAUCUAAAUGUGGAUAUAUAUAUUUGAUAAAAAAAAUUAAUUUUGAAAUAUUUUUUACUAGUAAAGAUAUGAAAUAUGAAAUCGCAUUUUUAUAUUUUAGCCAUGAUGAUAAGAUAUUAAUCUCAAGCUCAGCAAAUGGGAAUAUUGUUAUUUACAAAAAUAAUCAUAGUACCAACAAUGGCAAUACCAACAAUGGCAAUACCAACAAUGGCAAUGGCAACAAUGACAACGGCAACAAUGCCAGUGGAAACAAUGCCAGUGGAAACAAUGCCAGUGGAAACAAUGACAGUGGCAACAUAAUGACUAAUGCCCUUAGUUCUGACGAAAUACCCAGCUGGAAAUUUGCAUACAAAAUUAUUAACAAUAAUGAUAAUCUACUCACUGAUUUAAAAAUUGUUAAAAAUAAUAAUGGAGAAUAUAUUAUAGCUGCUAUUACAAAUAAUAGACAUUUAAUAUUUUAUAAUUAUAAUUUUUUUGAAAACACUGUCUCGAUAUCUUAUAUAUCAAUAGAGCAAGUAUACACACCAACAUGUAUAUCCCCAACCUUACAUUUUUAUAAUAGACAAAUUUUAUGUAUAUGUAAUGAUAAAAGAAAUGUUCGUUUUUUUGAUAUAGAAACGAAAAAAAUAAUUAAAACUGUAACUUUACCAUUUAAAAAUCAAGACGUUAAGCAUCUCAUACAUAUUACAGAUUCGACAUCACAAAAUGAAGUUGUUCCAAAUGAAAAUAACAAACUUGAGAUUAAUUCAAUAUCUGAAUAUUUACACCUCGAACAAAUAAAACAUGAUUUUAAUAAAAAUCAAAUUUUUAUGCUUAGUCUUAAUGAAAAAAUGAUUGUAUUCACUACAAGUCCAAUUGAUUCAAAUUGCUUUAGAUAUAUUGGUAUUAUUGUGUGCAGUGGGAAUAUAAAAAAUGUUAUAUAUAAAAAUGAGAAUGUUAUUAUAUUAAGUAAAAAUAAAAUAUUUUACUUUAAUAUUAAUACUCAAAAUUUAAAAAAAUAUAUAGAAUCUCAAAGCAAUACAAUGGAAAUUUUUAUUGAACAAUUAGGUGGGGAAAAAAGUAAAAUAUACAAUCAAAUUGUAGACUCUUUUUAUUAUUGUGAAAUUCAAAAAAAAAAAUUUCAAAAUAAAAACGAAAAACACGAUAUUAAAAAAAUAUUAAAUAUUUUAUCUAUUGAAUAUAUUUUUGCUUCUAUAAAUAUUUUCUUAUCUAAAUUUGAAAUACAAAAUAUAAUUCAAGAAUACCAUUUUUACUAUAAAUAUGUAAUUCCUCUCUUAAAUAAUUAUAAUAUAUUAACUGGUCAUAAUAAAAUACACAAAAUUUAUGAACAGUUCAUAAAUCAUUCUAUUCAAAUGGGAAAUCUUACACUAUUAAACUAUAAAUCAAAUGAUGAUAUUCUCCUCCAAAAUAUAUAUUUCGUUAACCCCCUUCCCAAAUAUGUAGAUAAAAACUGCAAAGACACACUUAUUGAAAGUCAAGAAGAUGAAAAUAAAACAGAUAUAACGACGGAAUGUGAAAAUAUAUUUUUUAAUAUUAAUGCAUUUAUAUAUACCUAUUUUAAUUUUGCAAUUCAUGAAGAAAUAAAUUUUGAAAAAGUUAUAGAAGAUAUAAAAAAUUAUUAUCAAAAAAAAAAUAAUAAAAAAACUAUUUUAUGUAAUGAUUUUUUAAAUAUAUUAAAUAGCUAUGGAGAGAAUAUGGAUCAAAAUGAAUUUAAAAGAAUAUAUCAAAUUUUUACAGAAAAUUAUAAUUCUCUUAAUAUGGAUGAAAUAUUUGAUUUUGAAACUUUACACGAUUUAGUUCAAUAA